AUGGCUGCUAGUGCCUCAAAAAAAUACCCACUGGGCUCUCCUCAAGAACACAUUGUAAUGUGUGAAUCUCACGAUUCACCCAUUGAUAUGAUAUGUGAGGACUGUGUUGAAAUUAUUUGUUCUGAGUGUGCCAAAAAAGAUCAUAACAAUCAUAAUUGGAAAACUCUAACCACGGCAGCAACCCAAAGGAGGAGGGGUCUAUUUAAAUUUCUGAAGAAGAUCAAGGAAGAGGAUCUGCCUGGGAUUGAUGAGAAGAAACAGAAGAUAUCAAAACAGAUCAAAGAAAAUAAAGAACUGUGUGACUCUGAGAUUAAAAAGCUACAGAAACAUUGUGAAGAUAUUAUAAACAGGCUGACAGAAAUCAAAGAACACCGUGAAAAAAUACUACGAGACAAUUUGGUUAAAAAGAAUGAUCAACUGAACCAUGUGAAUUUUGAGUUAGAGAAGAAAAAGAAAGGAAUUGUUGACACAGUGGAAUUCAUGGAGGAGAACAACAGCACCAUGUCAGAUUACAGUUUGAUUGACAACCACAGAGAACUAAAUAGAAUGCUGUCUGAAUUGGAGGUUCAUUUGACAAACUGUGAAUAUUCAGCGAGGUUCAUUAGAGGUGAAAUCAAUGAAGACGUACUUAAAUCUUUGGUUGGAAAAACUUUUGAUUUGGAUGAUAUUGGCUUAACUCAAAUAAACUCAUUUCAAUAUGGAGAUAAACCAAUAUCUGUUUUGAAGGCUUUCAGUGAAGACCAAUGCUACAUCAAAGAAUAUCAACCUAAAUAUACUGAAAAAGUCAACACACAAGGUACAAAAGAACAUAAAUUUAGUAUUUUCCCUAAUGACAUGUGUGUGACUGAUAAUGGCGGUGUUUAUUUCUCUAACUAUAUUGACAAGUCCGUCAGCCGUCUCUCACCAUCAGGAUCUGUAUCUACAGUCAUCAGUACAGAUCCACUGGUACCAGCAGGAAUCUGUCAGUCAGUGGACGGUGGACUACUGGUCACCUUGACAGACAAGAAAUCAGAUCGUUACAAAUUAGAGUCACACAGCAGGCGUCUGGUGAGACACAUCACAGUGACAGGUGAUGUCAUCCAUGAGUAUGAGUACCAGGAGGACGGUCACACCAGACUGUUUACAUGGCCAAUCAGAGUCAAACAGAACAGUAACAGUGAUAUCUGUGUUGUAAACUGGACAAGUACCACUACAGGUGAACUAGUGAUUAUGUCUCCCUCUGGUCAUAUGAAGUCUGUCUACCGUGGACAGAAUCUGACAAAGGACUUCUGUCCAACUGAUGUAGUGUGCGACUCCCUUUGUAACAUCCUUAUUACUGACAUGAACAAUAAACAAAUCCAUCUGCUGAGUCCUGAUGGGAAGUUCCUGAAGUUCUUACUGACAGACAAUGAAGUGAGCUGUCCAAUCAGAUUAUCAGUGUACAAGUCCACACUGUGGGUGGGAUAUAGGGAAGGACUUGUCAAAGUGUUUCAAUAUAGAAUGUAA